AACAGAAUUACAAUAAAACUAAUAAAUCAAUAACAAAUCUUUAUUAAGUUUAAGCCUUUUAGCUGCAUAUAUUGAAUUAGAUUUUUAAUAGAUUUUAUUAAAGUUAAAGUUUAAAAUUUUAAUAAUGAGACCAUUUAAGUUAUCAAAAAAUAUUUUUAGCCACCUUAGACUCUCAAAAAAUAUAUUGUUUUAUAAUUUUUCAUCUGAUUUCUUCAAAAAUUUGCAUCUUAAUCCCUACUUGUUUGCAAAUUUAAAAGAGAACAAAAUUUCUGAGCCUACUUCAAUCCAAGUUAAAAGUUUGGAACAUGUGAUAAAUGGAGAAAAUGCAGUUGUUACUGCAGAAACAGGAAGUGGCAAAACUCUCUGCUAUCUACUUCCUGUUAUGAACCAUAUUUUAAGUAAAAAAUUGGAUUUAGCUCCUGAAGUUUAUAGAUAAAAUAGUCCUCGCGGCGCUAUUAUACUUGUUCCUACCAAAGAAUUAGGUGCAUAAGUUUAUGCAAUGAUAAGAAGACUUGAUAAAAAAAAUAAGCUUGAUGUCUCAAGAACAGGAUCAAUAGGAUACAUAGCCCCAAUUAGUGAUGAUAAACAGCCAAAGGAUGCAAGAACAUCAUUGAGAUUAAAUGAUCUUGCCUUUGAAAGUGUAGUUAGAGGCAUAGAUUGGGAUUAAUUAGAUAUUUUAGUUUCUACUCCUAGUUAAUUGGAUUAAAUGCUAAAGCUAAAAGACCAAACAAAUCCAUAUUAAGUAGAUCCAAAAUUUAUAGUUAUUGAUGAAUUUGACUUGCUUCUAGGUGAUACAAAUAUUGCUAGGAGUACCAUAUCUAUUCUCAAUAGAUUUUGUAAUGUACAUAAUAAUCCUCAAAAUAUAAACAGAUAGUUUAUUUUGACAGGAGCAAGUUUUCCUUUAAGGAUUAAUAAUGAGAAAGGUACCUAAUUUAUUGACAAAGUUUUUAAAAGACCUAUUUGUAUAGAGAGUGAGAAUUUCUACAAAAUUAGUGAAAAAAUGAAACAUGUUGUUAUCAGAGUAAAUGAUUACUUGAAUGCAAACCCUAAUUUUUCUAUUUAAGACAUUCUAGUAGAUUAAAUCAAGAAGUCUACUUCUUAAAGAAUUAUUGUUUUUGUAUAAUCACAAGCCUCUUCCGAAUCUAUAGCUAAGCACUUGCAGGAUCAUGAUAUAAAGGCUCUCUCUUUUCAUGCUAAUUUGAAUACUGAGUAAAGAAUAGAUACUUUAGCUAAUUUUGAUGAAGGAAAAGUCAGAGUUUUAGUUUCAACUGAUUUAGCAAGUAGAGGUUUAGACUUUUAAAAUGUAGAUCAUGUCAUUUAAUUUGAUUUUGCUUUAGAUGCAGUAAGCUUUUUGCAUAGAGUUGGUAGAACUUGUAGAAUGGGCAGAAAUGGAGUAGUUACAUCUUUUGUUAGAGAAAACGAUGAAUUUUUAUAUGAAAAAGUUUAAAAAUUAAUAUGUAAUCAUUAAAGAAUAGAUCCAAUAAUCAGUAGAAAAAGGUCAUUAAGUAAAAACUAUAAAAGAAGUAAAGGAUCAGAUGAUGAAAUGUCAAGUGAUGAUGAUAAUUGAGAUAUUAAUAACUCAUACAUUGAUAAAAAUUAAUAUAAUACAAUUAUAUUUAAAAAUUAUUAAAAAUUUUGUUGAUAAAAAUAAUCUACUCUGUAAGAAUACUAUGAUUAAUUUAUAAUUAAAUAAGUGUAGUUUAAGCUUUAAUGUAUGUCCAUUAUAUUAUGAACAAUUUAAUUUACAUUUAAAUACUUUAAUCUUUG